UCAGCCGCAGCGCAGAUCUGAUGCGGUUGUUUCCUCCAAAGAAAGCGGGAUACUCCGGGCCCUGCCGCGCGCACCGCCGCUCCGUCGCAGAGCCGCUUUACUUCCGGGUGCGACGUCUACGCACCCAGGACUUCCUGGGACGAGCCCCCCGGCAGCCACGCCUCUGAGUCGGGCUGCGCAGGCGCUGCUGGGCAGAGGGAUUCGCGAGCCUGCGUGCCCCAGCGACACGGGCUUCGGGGCUGUCUGUGACAAGUGUUCACAGGAGGUGGGGACGCCCCUGCGCGAGGAACGAGGACCUACGGGCCUGGGCCUGGCUAUUGCCAUGGGCAGCGGCUGCCGCAUCGAAUGCAUAUUCUUCAGCGAGUUCCACCCCACGCUGGGACCCAAGAUCACCUAUCAGGUCCCUGAAGACUUCAUCUCCCGAGAGCUGUUUGACACAGUCCAAGUGUACAUCAUCACCAAGCCAGAGCUGCAGAACAAGCUUAUCACUGUCACAGCCAUGGAAAAGAAGCUGAUCGGCUGUCCUGUGUGCAUCGAACACAAGAAGUACAGCCGCAAUGCCCUCCUCUUCAACCUGGGCUUCGUGUGUGAUGCCCAGGCCAAGACCUGCGCCCUCGAGCCCAUUGUUAAAAAGCUGGCUGGCUAUCUGACCACACUAGAGCUAGAGAGCAGCUUCGUGUCCACGGAGGAGAGCAAGCAGAAGUUGGUGCCCAUCAUGACCAUCUUGCUGGAGGAGCUAAAUGCCUCGGGCCGGUGCACUCUGCCCAUUGAUGAGUCGAACACCAUCCACUUGAAGGUGAUUGAACAGCGGCCAGACCCUCCGGUGGCCCAGGAGUAUGAUGUACCUGUCUUUACCAAAGACAAGGAGGAUUUCUUCAACUCACAGUGGGACCUCACUACACAACAAAUCCUGCCCUACAUUGAUGGGUUCCGCCACGUCCAGAAGAUUUCAGCAGAGGCAGACGUGGAGCUCAACCUGGUGCGCAUUGCUAUCCAGAACCUGCUGUACUAUGGCGUUGUGACACUGGUGUCCAUCCUCCAGUACUCCAAUGUAUACUGCCCAACGCCCAAGGUCCAGGACCUGGUAGAUGACAAGUCCCUGCAGGAGGCAUGUCUAUCCUACGUGACCAAGCAAGGGCACAAGAGGGCCAGUCUCCGGGAUGUGUUCCAGCUAUACUGCAGCCUGAGCCCUGGCACUACUGUGCGAGACCUCAUUGGCCGCCACCCCCAGCAGCUGCAGCACGUUGAUGAACGGAAGCUGAUCCAGUUCGGGCUUAUGAAGAACCUCAUCAGGCGACUACAGAAGUAUCCUGUGCGGGUGUCUCGGGAAGAGCAGAGCCACCCUGCCCGGCUUUAUACAGGCUGCCACAGCUAUGACGAGAUCUGCUGCAAGACAGGCAUGAGCUACCAUGAGCUGGAUGAGCGGCUCGAAAAUGACCCCAACAUCAUCAUCUGCUGGAAGUGAGGCUGGUGGUGGCUGGAUGGACACAUUGCUGUGGGUAGUCCCUCCUACCAGGAGGCUUGUCAUACUGUCUAGAGCUUGACUCUUAGUUCUGUAAAUAAAGACAUCCAUUUCAAACAGC